AAAAAAAAGAUUUUUAGAAAGAGUUUAGGAAGCGCGAGCUGUCAUACGUGGGGGCGCGAGGCACGGGCCGCGGAGCAUCACCGACCGCCGUGUGUGAGUGUGUUUUGAUCUUCGAGACGCGUUAAGAAAAAAAAACUUAUAUGAAGCAAAUGAAUAAAUAAGUGAGAAAGGUGCACGAGGCAUUCCGAUGGUGCAGCGACUUCAAGGUGUAUCUAAAGAUUGAAGAUAAUCUCCAGGGUUUUUUUAUUCCAGGAUAAAUAUUUUGCUGGCAACAAGUGGGAUUUUUGUUGUUGUUGUUGUUGUUGUUCUUGAAACAAAAAUAAAUAAAUGGAGGAGCGGAAGGAUCCGUCCGAGCGCGAGAGCGCGUCCCCUCCGGUUCUAGCGCGCGAGGCGGCGCCGCAGGUCCACCGCACCACGAACUUCUUCAUCGACAACAUCCUGCGGCCCGACUUCGGCUGCAAGCGCGAGCUGCUCUCGAGCAGGGAAAACGUCAGCCCGCUGGUCGCGAGGCCGUCGUCGCGCGCAGACUCCACCGUCGACCACCGCACUUCAUCGUCUUCUUCCUCCUCUUCGUCUUCUUCUUCUUCCUCCUCCUCGUCUCCGUCUUCUUCGUCUUCGUCGUCGUCGACGUCGUCCAAGGUGCUGCUCGAAGGAAGCACGACGUGCGGGGACGGCUCGAGUCUCACGGAGGUGAACGGCGCGAGCGGCGGCGGAGGCGGAGGCGCAGCGGCAACAGCAACAAUAACAACAACCACAACCACGGCGGCGGCUAAAGACUCCACACAACCUCUGCUGUGGCCCGCCUGGGUCUACUGCACGCGCUACUCGGACAGACCCUCAUCCGGACCGAGGACCCGGAAGUUGAAGAAGAAGAAGAGCGACAAGGAGGACAAGCGGCCGCGCACCGCCUUCACGGCCGAGCAGCUGCAGCGGCUCAAGGCGGAGUUCCAGGCGAGUCGCUACAUCACGGAGCAGCGGCGGCAGUCCCUCGCGCAGGAGCUCAACCUCAACGAGUCGCAGAUCAAAAUCUGGUUCCAGAACAAGAGAGCCAAGAUCAAGAAGGCGAGCGGCUACAAAAACGGACUGGCUCUGCAGCUCAUGGCGCAAGGACUCUACAACCACUCCACCACCACCAUCCAGGAGGAUAAGGAGGACAGCGAGUAGGAACGUGCACGAGCGAGCUGAGGAUGGGGAUUAAUCCUGAUUCAAUAAUAACAACAACAAUAAACCCAUUCAUAAUUUUCCUAUUCUACGUGAAUUUUACUUUUUUAACACAAAAAAAUGAUUGGCGCAAAUACAAGGGGUCCAAGCACCAAAAUAUGCUGGAAUCCGCCUAUUAUUAUUAUUAUUAUUAUUAUUAUUAUUAUUAUUUGGAGAAGAAGAUUAUUAUUAUCAUUGAUCUCCUCCUCCUUUUCAUCUCCUCAUGUCAUCACUCAAUGAUAUAAAAACAAAAAGGAAAAAAAAAUAAGACGCUGAGGACGCUGAUUUUUUUUUUGUUUGUUUUGUUUUGGUUUUUAAUGGACGCUGAGCCAAAGCGACCUUCUGACAUGAAGAAGUGGACAAGAAUUCCUUAUUUAAUUCUGUACAAAUAUAUGGACUCUAUGAAGAUUUCUAUAAAUAUAAAUAUAAAUAUAUAUAAUUAGCCAAAAUUGUAAGAUGUAUAUAUUUAAAAAAUUCAGGUAAGGUUGAGACGUGUGUUUUCCUUACUUGCUGGCAAUUUUUCUUUCUUUCUUUUCUUUUUUUUUUAAAAUUGUUUUUCUUCCUGUGUCAUACUUUUUAGAUAUUUUUUGUUAUUGCACUGUUCUACAUAUUGUUUUUUUUGUUUGUUUUUUUAAAAAAAGAAAACCUCGCACAAAUUCUACACCACGACGUAAACUGACCCGAUGCUUCAAACCAAAGAU